ACAUUUCUCAAAACUUCAAAUCAUUUCGACUCGAUUCGAUUAAUUCUUCCGAUCAAAUAAGCAAAGUGAUUGAUUAAUCUAUUUCUUCUGUUAUGUUAUCACGAACUAUUCUGUAUUAAAAAGUUAUUGAUUUCGAUUUGAAUUCUUCUGUUUUAGCAAGAAAUUGAAUGAUCGAGUUUGAUCCAUUAUGUAUAACCCUAAUUUCUCGAUUCAGUACAGUCUCAAAGCUCGAUUCAUGGAUGAGAACGGGGUAAGUAGAAUGGUGACGAAGGGACUUCUUGUACAUCUUGGAUGCGAAGUGACCACGGUGAGUUCAAGCGAGGAGUGUCUCAGAGUUGUAUCCCAUAAGCACAGAGUGGUCUUCAUGGACGUGUGCACCCCCGGGGUCGAAAACUACCAGAUCGCUCUCCGUAUACACGAGAAAUUCACUAAACGCCACCAAAGGCCACUGCUCGUGGCGCUCACUGGUAACACCGACAAAUCCACAAAGGAGAAAUGCAUGAGCUUUGGUCUAGACGGCGUGUUGCUCAAACCCGUGUCGCUAGACAACAUGAGAAACGUUCUGUCUGAUCUUCUAGAACAUCGGGUUCUAUACGAGGCCAUGUAAGAGGAUGUUGCCGGAGAGGGACACUGUCUCCGCUUUCUCUC